AAAAAAACCUUUGAACUUCCCAUUCAUGGCGGUCGCUUCUCUUCUCUGGACUCUCUUCCUCUUCUCCAUCAUCUUCUCACUCCAAUCCUCUUCCUCCUCCUCCUCAGAUACACCAAUAACACGAUUCCAACAAUACCUCAGAUUCAACACCGCUCAUCCAAACCCUAACUACACCGCACCAGUCUCAUUCCUCAUAAACCAAGCUCAAUCCAUCGGUCUCACUGCUAAAACCAUCGAAUUCGUCUCUGGUAAACCAAUUCUUCUCCUCACAUGGCUAGGCUCAAACCCUAACCUCCCAUCAAUUCUCUUCAACUCUCACCUCGACUCAGUCCCCGCCGAAUCGGAGAAAUGGAUCCAUCCACCAUUCUCAGCUCACAAAACCAACGAUGGUCAUAUCUACGCUCGCGGCGCGCAAGACGACAAGUGUAUCGGAGUUCAAUAUCUAGAAUCAAUCAGGAAUUUGAAAUCGAGAGGAUUCGUUCCUCUUCGUACGAUUCAUAUCUCCUAUGUUCCUGAAGAAGAGAUCGGUGGAUUCGACGGGAUGAUGGAAUUCGCUGCGUCAUCGGAGUUUAGGGAUUUGAAUUUGGGAUUUGCUAUGGAUGAAGGACAAGCGAAUCCUGGUGAUGAAUUUAGGGUUUUUUAUGCUGAUCGGAUUCCAUGGAAUCUUGUUAUUAAAGCUGAGGGGAUUCCAGGUCAUGGAGCUAAGCUUUAUGAUAAUUCAGCAAUGGAGAAUUUGAUGAAGAGUGUUGAGUUGAUUUCGAAGUUUAGAGAGUCACAGUUUGAUUUUGUUAAAGCUGGUAAAGCUGCGAAUUCGGAGGUUAUCUCUGUGAAUCCAGUUUAUCUUAAAGCUGGAACUCCUUCUACUACUGGGUUUGUGAUGAAUAUGCAGCCAUCAGAAGCAGAAGCUGGAUAUGAUUUAAGGUUGCCUCCAAUGGCUGAUCCUGAUGUUAUGAAGAAAAGGAUUGCUGAAGAAUGGGCUCCUUCUAUUAGGAACUUGACCUACACGAUAAUAGAGAAAGGAAAGUUAAGAGACCAUUUAGGGCGACCUAUAAUGACUCCAGCAAAUGAUUCUAAUCCGUGGUGGUCUAUCUUCAAGCAAGCUGUUGAAGCAACUGGUGGAAAACUCGCAAAGCCUGAAAUCUUGGCUUCAACUACAGACUCUCGCUUUCUUCGCACUUUGGGAAUUCCAGUUUUCGGGUUCUCUCCAAUGACCAAUACUCCUAUUUUAUUGCAUGACCAUAACGAGUUCCUAAAGGAUACUGUAUUCAUGAAAGGAAUAGAAGUAUAUGAAUCGGUUAUCAGUGCUUUAAGUUCCUUUGAGGGAGUAUCUGAUCAAGUGAUUUGAAGCAUGUAUCAAUGCAAACAAUUGUGACACGCUGCUUUAAGAUGGUCAAGGCUCACAUUUCUAUGACCAAGAAGUGUAGCAGCUGUUUCAUCUGUAAGUUAUUUUUAUCGACAUUUACUCUGGUCUUGUUGCCCUAAAUGGCUGAUAAUAAUCCUUUGUAUAUAUCAAACAUUUGAUUUUUCUGCAUAAUUCUCAAAUGCUGAAGAGAAAUGUCAUUGGUGCUUGGAGCAUGAUUUUACAAAGUGUUGAUCUUUUGCUCUCAA